UUGUCUCCAGCGAGUUCUUGUUCCUGGGGAAGAGGGCCAAGAGAAAGAAGGGGGGGCAAUAUGGCGGCCUUCUCACAGUUCUUUGUUCUCUCGGGUCGAGGGGAUACCAUCGUCUCCAAGGACUACCGAGGAGAUGUCGUCAAGGGCACGCCGGACAUCUUCUGGCGGAAGGUGCAGGCAAGCAGGGCGAGCAGAGGUGGAGGCGCUGGGCCGUCGUCGGGAGUGGGACUUGCAGCCCUUCCACCGGCGUUUCAUAUCAAUGGACUCAACUUUAUCCAUGUGGCGCGCAAAGGUCUGUAUCUGGUCUUCACCACCAAGUUCAACGUCUCGCCAGUCUUCGCUGUCGAGCUGCUCGAUCGGUUUGCCGCCGUGUUCAAGGACUACACCGGUGAGCUCUCGGAAGACAAGCUGCGGAAGAACUUUGUGCUUGUUUACGAGAUCCUCGAUGAGAUUUUGGACUACGGCUGGGUCCAGUCGACGUCGUCAGACCAUCUGCGCGCGCACAUCGUCAACGUGCCCGAGGCAGCAUUUGGCGCUGGCGAGGGCAGCAGCGGUGGCACGAGUGCGAGCACGAGCGGCAAGGGCAAGGGCGGGAUCAAAGCUGCACUCGCCAAGUUUCGUGACCGGGCGGCUGCGGCCGCGAUCAAGCACGGGGUGGCUGAGCCGACCAGCACCGCGGGAGUGGCGCGGACGGCAUCGUCGGCAGCGGCGCAAAAGCCGAUCACCCUCGAGCACCGGCGGACCGGCGGCGACGAGGUCUUUGUUGACCUGCUCGAGCGACUCAUUGUGGUGUUUGGCAAGGACGGCUCCAUUGUGCGGUCUCAGAUCGACGGCUCCAUCCAGGUCAAGGCCUUUGUCAACGGCAACCCACAUCUGGUCCUCGCGCUCAACGAGGAUCUAAGCGUCGGUGGCGCCGGCGACGGCUACGGCAUCGUUGUCGACGACAUCUCCUUCCACGAGGGCGUCAAUCUCGACGACUUUGACGCCCGCCGCCUCGUCGCCUUUCCGCUCGAGUCAGGCGAGUCGACGCUCAUGUCGUACCGCCUCAAGUCCGAGUUCCGCACCCCGUUCCGAGUCUUUGUCUUUCUGGAGGAGGUUUCGGCCUCGGCAUUUGACGUCGUCCUCCGCAUCCGGGCCGACUUUCCCAACACCACCUUUGGCAAGGGUGUCCGCGUCUCGCUCCCGCUGCCAGGCUCUACUUACAACGCCACCCUUGAUCUGCCUGCCGGCGUCGGCGGCCAGUCGUACGCGUAUGCCAAGGAGAGCAAGACCAUGACUUGGCUCAUCGAAAAUUUCCGCGGUGGUGCCGAGCACCAUGCCCGGGUCCGCGUCCAUCUCGACGGCCCCGAGGAGUACGCCGUCUGGUCGCAGAGCGUCGGCCCGGCCUCGCUCGCUUUUGAGAUCCCCAUGCACUCGCUCUCGGGCCUCGCCAUCCGCUCGCUGCGCAUCAUCGACGCCAACCCCAACUACAAGCCCGCCCGCUGGGUCCGCUACAUCUCACACUCGAACUCGUACGUGUGCAGAGUGUGAGCCAAGCGGUGGAUGUGCGUGUGUGUUAAAGGAAGUGCAGCGAGA